UCUGACAUCCUGCUGGAGUUGCAAUGAUGAACAGCAGGAACACACUGAGAGCUCCCACCCUGGUGUUUGUCCUUUCGAUCAGGAACAUCUGAAGUCCCUCCUUCAUUCUCUUUUGCAUCACUGCUGGUAUCAGCGGGUUGCGCUGGUGGGAGAGCGGGAGAGCGGAGGGACACCCACUGCACAAACCACAAAGCAGCAUUUUAGCCCCAGGGCAGAGGGAUGCUGCUACCUUGCCCCUUCUUACCUGGGUAGCGAGAGGUGAGCGCUGUCCCUGGGGCACGGAGAGCCCAGGGCAAGUGCUCCGGUAGAUGGCACGCACGGGCCUAUAGCAAAGCGUCAGUACAGCACGGAGAGAAAUCCGACACUGCCAGACACUCCCUUGGAAUAGCCAGGGGCUGAGCAGGAACCAGGAAAUACAAGCUCUCCCUGUCCAGAAAACACUUGUGUUUCAUGGAGGAGGGAGCGACAUGGGCAAUCGCUGCAGCUGCGGGCGACCAUGGAAUUGUCCUUCGCCUUUUAAAAGAAAGAAAGAAAAGCAAGGAACUAAUGUGAGACAGGAGAGCCAACAGCAUCAGCCUGACAGGAAGGCUCCAACGUAUGAAGAUGUCAUUGAGUUUCCUGUCUACGCCACUGUGAGUAAACCCAGGAGCACGAAGCAGGAUGACAGCAUUCAUUAUGCAGACAUCCAAGUGUUCACCAAGGUCCGGGAGCGCUCUGCAGCAGAGGUGAAGAACUUACAAAUGCAGAAUGCCACAGAGUAUGCCACCCUGAACUUUCCCCGGCCCAGGCUGAAAUACGAUAGUAAGAAUGGGACCCUGGUAUAAUGGCUUGAUGGUCCUCUUCUUCUUCAGCAGCAAAAGGAUUUCACAGACUUAAGGAUUUUGUAGACACAAGCUAACCUCACAGACCUGUCAGCUCUCCUUGAGAAAGUGUGGAGAGGCUGUGUCUUCCACCUGCAUUUCUCUUUGGAGGAUACAGACAUAUUUAUUCUCAUAUGAUGAGUAGCUUCCUAUCUGAUUCUGCUGGCAAAAAUCACCUCUUCUCCUUGGAAGAGUUGCCUCUGAAACUGGCAACCCAUCUCCUCCCAGCACUGUGAGAAGACAGAGCUGUUCUUGGCUGAUGAAGGCUAAAACUCACAGCUCAGAGCUGCAGUGAUAAAGUUCCUGCUGUGGCACAGGACGAGCUGAGUGCUGCUCUACAGAUGGAUUUGGGAACAUGGCGUACAGGAUUCAAUACUGGGUCAAGGGAGAUGUCAUAGGAUUUUAUGUCAACAUUAAGAAAAUUCUGCAGUGUGCAGAGUGACAUGUGGAUGAUACUGUGAAGAAAUGGCAUGAAAUUUCUAACAGUAUCUGCUGCGAUGUCUUCUCCCAACACCUGCUACUGUAACUGAAGUCAUGUCCUGUGUAAAUCCAUCUUUUCUCAAAGAAAGAUCAGUGUUCUAUAACCAUGCAGAGCACGCUAAAACCAAGGCCAGAAAUGCAGAAUUAACUGAGGGGUACAGAACAAUUUCUUUCACUGAAGGGAUGUACAGAUACACAUUCUUAUCCCAACAUGCCCAGAAGUGAGCAGUGAGCUCUUGGCUCUGACUGGAAAUGAAACAAGGAAAAUUCACAAUUCAACUGGAAGGCGGGCAUUUAAAAACCACCACCUAUAUUUAGGGCAGUUAUGCAGUCCUUAGAGAACAGCGGCUGUCUGGAUACCUGAGAUAUUGGGGACGGAUCAUGGUCAACUUUAAAGAGAGCUUUGCACAUUUCCUCCUUAUUUUGUACUGUCUACCUUAGGUAACCCCAGUAACACAGAGCACACACCAUGUGGUGUUUUCCGCUGACCCUCCCAGAUACGCCUUUGAGAAGUUGUUUAUGGAUUUAAAAUAGUGUUAGUAAUCCAGUAUAGCAACCAUCAGAAAGGCUUCUGCCACUGGACUGCAUUUGGCAGUUGCAGCACUGUCAGUUGAUCAGGCCUCCCAAGCGGUAUCUUCAGGCACUAAAUCAAUCAGUGCUUGCCGCAUUCUGUUCCUAAAUAAUGGUUUACAUAGCUAAAUGCAGAUCGUGGGACAACCUGUUUGUUGCCAGUGUUUAAAAAUGGACACCCUGGUACAAUGUCUAAACAUACAUAAUUUUGCAUAUUAUGGCUCAGUUAAAUGCAAAAGGCAUGAAGGAAUUCCUACCCAUUACAAAAAUAAAGCUGGUAAGGGCAGUGUUUGCUAAGAUGGAAGUGUUUAGAGGACCAAUCUUUUCUACCUUUUCACCCAUCUCAGCAGGGCCAUUGUAAGGCCAGAGGAACAUUUGAAGAAGGCCCCUUUUUUUUAUAACGGAUACAGUAUAUUUUUCUACCUGAAAAGGGUUAUUUUGCCCAUACUAUCCAGCUGACCUCAGGGGGGCUACUGUAAAGUCUGCAGUAGAAAGCCCUUCAUUUACAAUAGGUACAGGAUUAUAUUCUUUUAAGGGCUGGUUCUUUUGAGUGCCAAGGAUUCUUCUUUCUUCUCCUCCAUGUUCCUUUCUGUACUCCAUGCCCAUCAUGAAAACUUGGCCUUUGGACUGAGGAGGAUUGAAUGGGCACAGGAUUUACUUACAAGAGUAUGUCAGGGAGUCAUGAGACACUUUAGCACUCAGUGCUGCUAGCUCUGGUUCAUGCUGGGCACCAGUUGUAUACCUCCUUGCCCUGAAUCGCUGGUACAAGAACUAGAAAGGGACACUGGCUUCAAUUCCUUUCAAGCCCUCCCGUCAUAGGAAGAAAUUGGAUUUUUUUAGACACAUUUUUAAGUAUGGACUGUAGUUUUCAGGAGAUGGGAGGUUUUCUAGAAGGUACAGACUCCAACGGGUUAUUUUUAAACACAGUUUAAGUGAAACCGCCUGCUAUUGCAGUGGCACGCACAGCAUGUGGUACUGAAGUUUUUCCUCACCCAGCAGAAGAGCUGGGGCCGGGGACAGCAAGCUGCACAGACACUGAGGUCAAGCUCCUGAGCCCAGAGUGAUGCAAAUUUGCACAUCCAUCAGGUUAAACCAGUUUUGCACUAGACCUAAGGACUGGGUUUGGCUCAGAGGAACUUGCUUUUACUUAGUCAUGUCACUUAGUUCUGUUGAUCUCGAUCAGCCCUUUUGUAUUCUGAAUUAACUGGGAGCUACAGUAGUAUCUUUUAAUGAAUGCCUCAGAGCCUGGAAUGGUAGUUCAUCUGUUCUUUAAGGAGCUCCAGCUUCCACAUGUAGCUUGUUGUUUCUGGAAGUACAGCAUACCUUAGAGGUAAUCAGAUGCUCUACACGGGAACAAGAGCACUAAUUUUGCCUGUUUACCAGGCCUUGAAUAGAUAAAAUGUGAAAGUCACAUGUUCUGCAGUAAGGAUUUUUUUCUAAAGGACUUGGUUUUGCACUGAAUAUUAAAAGCUUCCAACAGCGUAUCUCCUGUGUUUCCCGAGGUUGUUAUGUUUAGGUGUUAAAUGAGUGUUAAUGUAUCAAAUGUUCCUUGAACAUUAAAGAUGUAAUUUUUAGU